CUAACUACUACCUCCGUCCCGUGAAACAUGAGACAUUUGCUUUUUAGGAGUGAUUUAAGGGAGUGUAUUUUGGUAUUGAAUUUCCAAAAAUGUCCUUUGAUGUGAUGGGUAAAAGUAUGAUUUGAUGGAUAUAUUAUUAGUAAAAAGGAAAGGCUGAUGAAUAUGUGUUCCAAGAUGGAUAUCUACUCGGUUUCCAUGGUUGUCAGAUUGCCAUAUUAUACUAUGCUUCACGAACUCCCACCCAAGUGGAAGAUGGCCAUGGAAAAAGACAAGAUUAAUUUAUUCGAUAUCGUGUGCGAUGCCAUUCUUGUUGAAUGCAUCAAAUAUGGGAAAUGGGAGCCAGAGCCGUAUGCGAUCGGUUCGUCGGGACGAGAAAUGGAUGCUCCUUUUAGUCCUUUUCGUCAUAAUUUGGCCUCAAGGCUGCGGUGCACUUUGAAUUGGAAGAACCUCUACAGACGUGUGUUUGAGAGUGAACCAGAUAUGGUGGAUCUUAUGGAGCGUCUUAGGCUCUUUUUCGUCGAGGAGAAGGGAAGGGAGAUGAAAGAAAUGAUGAAAAAACGCAAAGGGAAAGAAAGAAAAUGAGUACUAACACACAAUAUGUUCCUAGAAUACGGAGUAUUUCUUAAUUAAAGAAUCAAAGGGGUUCCUUUUU